GUGAAAGUCAGCAGCUCCAUUUUGUGACGAGUGAAAACUAAAAGAUGUCAGGAGUAAAAACACAUACAUUACAACACUGAAUUUAACACACCGAUGUUGGAGUGAAGUAAUCUGGAGAAGGAGACAUGACUUCCAACAUGAGUGUGUCUGGAAAACAGGACUUAAAGAAAGACGAGAGAAUGAUGGAGGGAAAGAGAUCAGACUCACCAGAACCCAGCUGUGUGUCCAUGAAGAGUGACGCGUCAAUGGGACAUCCAAUUGAAUUCAGAGACAGAGACAGUUCUACUGAUGUGAGACGACAAAAGAAGAAAUCAAACAGCAGCAGAAAUCAGCUGGACUCCAUAUUCAAGGAGCUGGAACACAAAGUCAUCACUCUGAUAAAGAAAGAGCUGAAGAGGUUUAGGAAGCUCCUGAGUCCAGAUUACCCAGCAUGCACUGAGAGGGAGGUGGAGGAUGAGGAGGAUCUUCACAGUGUCAGAGAGGGAGCGCUGAAGAUCACACUGCACGUCCUGAAGAACAUGAACCACACAGAUCUCGCUAACACACUGCACAACAAACUCGACUCUGUGUGUCAGACAAAGUUGAAGUCAAAGCUGAGAGAGAAGUUUAAAAGAAUUAAUGAAGGAAUCUCACAGCAUGGAAGCUCAGCACUUCUGAAUGAGAUCUACACAGAGCUCUACAUCACAGAGGGAUGGAGUGGAGACGUCAAUAAUGAACAUGAGGUGAGACAGAUUGAGACAGCAUCCAGGAGACCAGCAACACAGGAGAAACCCAUCAAAUGUAAUGAUCUCUUUAAAGACAAGUCCAUCAGAACUGUGCUGAGUAAAGGAGUUGCUGGAAUUGGAAAAACAGUCUCUGUGCAGAAGUUCAUUCUGGACUGGGCUGAAGGAGAAGCAAAUCAGGACGUCACCUUCAUGUUUCCACUUCCCUUUAGAGAGCUGAAUCUGUUGAAGCAGAAAAAUCUCAGUCUGAUGAAUGUUCUUCAUCACUUUUUCCCUGAAAUGAGAAAACUAGAAUCAAUAGACUGUGACUCCUACAAAGUUUUGUUCAUCUUUGAUGGUCUGGACGAGUGUCGACUUCCUCUAAAUUUCCAGAAGAAUGAGAUAUUGUGUGAUGUGACAGAGUCAGCCUCAGUGGAUGUGUUGCUGACGAACCUCAUCAAGGGGAAUCUGCUUCCCUCUGCUCUCCUCUGGAUAACCACAAGACCAGGAGCAGCCAAUCAGAUCCCUCCUGAGUGUGUAGACCAGGUAACAGAGGUACGAGGCUUCAGUGAUCCUCAGAAACAUGAGUACUUCAGGAAGAGGAUCAGUGAUCAGAGCCUGGCCAAUAAAAUCAUCACUCACCUGAAGUCUUCAAGAAGCCUCUACAUCAUGUGCCACAUCCCAGUCUUCUGCUGGAUCUCAGCCACUGUUCUGGAGGGAAGGUUGGGUGAAGCAGAGGGUGGAGAGAUCCCCAAGACUCUGACUCAAAUGUUCACACACUUCCUGAUUUUUCAGAUCAAACACAAGGACCAAAAGUACCAUCAGAAAUGUGACCCUGGUCCUCAGCAGACCAGAGAGAGUAUCAUGGCACUGGGAAAACUGGCUUUCCACCAGCUGGAGAAAGGAAACCUGAUCUUCUAUGAGGAAGACCUGAGAGAGUGUGGCAUUGAUGUCAGAGAAGUGUCAGUGUACUCAGGAGUGUGUACCCAGAUCUUCAGAGAGGAGUUUGGGCUUCACCUGGGGAAGGUGUUCAGCUUCGUACAUCUGAGUGUUCAGGAGUUUCUGGCUGCUUUAUACAUGUUUCUCUCCUUCAUCAGAAGAAAUGUAACAGGUCAUCAAACCUCUGAUCUUUCUGAUCUUUUCAGGAAGUCAAACAUGUCUGAUCUCCUCAGGAGUUUAGUAGACAAGGCCUUACAGAGUGAGAAUGGGCACCUGGACCUGUUCCUGCGCUUCUUUCUGGGUCUCUCACUGGAGUCCAAUCAGACUCUCUUACGAGGUUUAAUGCCACAGACAGGAAGCAGAUCUCACAGGAAACAGGAAACAGUGGAGUAUAUCAAGGAGAAAAUCAGGGAGAAUCCAUCUCCAGAGAAAUCCAUCAAUCUGUUCCACUGUCUGAAUGAACUGAAUGAUCAUUCACUAGUGCAGGAAGUACAAACUUACCUGAACAGAGGAGGUGUCUGGUGUCUCAGCGGAAUCAGACUCUCUCCUGCUCAGUGGUCAGCUCUGGUGUUUGUGUUACUGAACUCAGAACAGGAGCUGGAUGUGUUUGAUUUGUGGAAAUAUGAUCGAUCAGAUGAAAGUCUUCUGAGGCUGCUGCCAGUGGUCAAAGCCUCCAGAAAAGCUGUUCUGCGUCGGUGUAAUCUGACAGAGGAAAGCUGUAGAGUUCUGUCCUCAGUUCUCAGCUCAAACUCCUCCAGUCUGAGAGAACUGAACCUGAGUCUCAAUAAACUGCAGGAUUCAGGAGUGAAGCUGCUCUCUGAUGGACUGAAGAAUCCACACUGUACACUGGAGAAACUGAGUCUGUGUGGGUGUAAUCUGACAGAGGAAAGCUGUAGAGUUCUGUCCUCAGUUCUCAGCUCAAACUCCUCCAGUCUGAGAAAACUGAACCUGAGUGUCAAUAAACUGCAGGAUUCAGGAGUGAAGCUGCUCUCUGAUGGACUGAAGAAUCCACAAUGUACAUUGGAGAUACUGAGGCUGUGGAAGUGUAAUCUGACAGAGGAAAGCUGUAGAGUUCUGUCCUCAGUUCUCAGCUCAAACUCCUCCAGUCUGAGAAAACUGAACCUGAGUCGCAAUAAACUGCAGGAUUCAGGAGUGAAGCUGCUCUCUGAUGGACUGAAGAAUCCACAUUGUACACUGGAGAUACUGUGGAUGGAGAACUGCAGUAUUACAGAUGAAGGUUGUGCUGCUCUGGCUUCAGCUCUGAGGUCAAACUCCUCAUCACACCUGAGAGAACUGGAUCUGAACGGUAAUAAUCCAGGAGAAUCAGGAGUGAAGCUGCUCUCUGAUCUACUGAAGGAUCCACACUGUAAACUGGAGACACUACACAUUAAUGAUGAUACACUCACCAGGUCUGGUGUAUGACAGGAGUCUCUCCUCAGACCUUUUUUCCAGGAUAAAGCAGUUAUGGAGGUGAAGCGUUAGAACAAGCGUUAGAAAUUGCUUCUUCAUAUCUGAUUUUUUUUCUAUAAAGUCUUCUACAUUUCUUGUACAUACCAUAAAGUCAAUCCUUGUCCUGCAAGUUUUUCACUAAAUCUCUUCUUUUCUUCCUCCGUUUCUCUUUCUCCACACGUCUAUCACAUUGUUUUCACUCAUUAGAUCCUUGAGUUCUUUACUCCAUAUACGAUUUAAAAACCAUCCCAUCUGCCAUAUUGAGUUUACUGAAAACAGUGUUAAAGUCUGCCAUCAUUAUUAUUUCUUUACACUUCUUUAAAAUACUAUUUUUUUGCACUCUUCCGAUUUUGUUCCUUCCUCUACUUAUUCUUAUGGUUGCAAAGGGGCGGGAAAUUUCCAGUAAAUUUAUGGAAACUUUUAAUGAAAACUUCAUCUGGGGAAUUUUGGAAAUCUAAUACAGAUUUAAAAAUAAGACAGGUGUGUGUGUGUGUGUGUGUGUGUGUGUGUGUGUGUGUGUGUGUGCUAUAGAAUAAGUUUGAAAAAAGCUUGUAAAAGAUUUAUACAAUUCAAUUCACAGAUAUAGAAAUAAUUAGUUAAACAAUUGGAAUAUUUUGGAAUAAAAACAUUUUACAAUUGAUGCAAUUAAAGUUAUUAGGGACAAAUUAUAAUUCUUUAUGCUUUUGAAAGUAUCUUAUGCUCAUUUAAGCCUGAUUUAUUUGAUCACGAUAAAGAAAAAAACAGUAAUAUUGUGAAAUAUUACAAUUUAAAAUGUAUCUUUUAUGAAGCAAAGUAUCCUAAAUAAAUAUAACAGGUUAAAAAAUAUGAGGAGCUCAUGCUGAAGACUGUUGAAAUAGCUGAUGAAAAUUCAGCUUUGAUCACAGAAAUACAUUCUAUUUUAAAGUAGAUUACAUCAGAAAGCCAUUGUAAUAAUAUUUCACAACGAUAGUUUACAAACUGUUUUGUUUUGUAUUUUUGAUCAAUUGCAGGCUUGAUGAUCAUAAGAGACUUCUUUCAGAACCAUUAAAAAUUGAUUUAUUUCACUCAAUGUGUACAAACUUUUGAGUAGUUCUGUACUUCUGUAAAAUAACAGAAAACGGACUAGAAGAGAUGACAGAAGAUAAAGAGUAGAACAGCUUAAGCUAGUCUCAUAAAUGUCAAUGAAAUAGUGCUAGCUUACAUUUAGCAUAUGUGGCUGGGCAUUUGGCACUUAGAGGGGCUGUGGUAGCCUAGUGGUUAAGGUUUUGGAUUACCAAUCGCAAGGUUGUGAGUUUGAAUCCCAUGUCCACCAGGUUGCCACAGCUGGACCCUAGAGCAAGAUCCUUUGUAGAACAAUGCUCAGUUGUAAAACAAAUGACGUAAAAAUCUAAGCCGCUCUGGAUAAUGUCUUCUGCAAAAUGUAUGCAGAUCUGAUUUUGUAGCUACUGUAUGAACACAUUUUAGUAUUUGCUAAAUAAACCUUAAUAAACCUUGCAUGUUUGCAGCCCCA